AUGUGUUGGUCGUCUGGUGAGGCCGAAGCUGUGCAUCACAUCAUAUCCUCUCCUUUCCCAACUACCCGCGAAACUCUGAGUCUCGAGAAGACGCUGGUUCUGACUGGGGCGCAUUACCGGAACAACAUGGCCGAGUCCAUAGAUGAAGAUGUCGCCGCAAUCAGCAAGCUCACCUAUGCAGAUGCUGUCGACAAGAACCUCCCAUUACUCUAUUACUUUGUGGGCCCACGCGUCUUCGAACAUACCACGUCAAACGGAGAUAUCCUAGCCCUCAAAAUCGGGUGUAAAGACUCGCUCGCGCGCUCUGAAGCAGACAUGAUGCAGUAUGCUGCAACGCACGGCAUCCUGGCGCCCAAAGUCCGCGGGUGUUACGACGUCGUGACCAUGAAGCCCAAAAGGCCGCUGGCACGCAUCAUGGUGGCCGAAAGGGUACCCGGACAGUCAUUGGACACCGUAUGGGACAAGCUCAGCAAGGCGGAAAGGAAAUCCAUCAAGAAACAGCUGCAUGAGCAAUUCACCAUCAUGAGAAGCUGCACCCAGCCGUACAUCGGACGGGUUGACAAACAGCCCACGUACAAUGUCUACGAUCGACUGCAACAAAACUACAUAGGCCCGUUUGAGGAUGAAGAAGCCUUUGACACGUGGUGUUUGGAUCGGGCCAAGGAGUCCGACUUCACAAUGCGGAGAAUGCGCCGGUUCCUGGAGAAGUCGCGCGAAAAGGCAAAGGCUGCCGGCACAGCAAACAGAUUUGUCCUCACGCACGGCGACUUGUCACCGCGCAACAUCAUGGUUGAGAAUGGACGGCUGACUGGCAUUGUGGAUUGGGGGAGGAGCGGCUUCUUCCCGGAGUAUGCAGAGUACGCCUUUGCGAUGAAGCUUGGCCACGGGAUUGAGAAGUGGUGGCGUCCCAUGCUGAAGAAGCUGCUCGUGCCUUGUGAGAGCAAGAGGCUAAACUGGACGCAGAUGGUGGAGGAUCGGGGCUGGUAG